UUUUAUAUGCAUUGCGGUUUAUCGGAUCAUGUUCGCUGUGUAAAACGCGCUCAAUAGUUCACUACUUUUUAAAGAAUGUUUAAUUAUGAAAUGUUUAAGUAGGUCAGUAGUGACUCAGUACUAGUAUAGUAGUAGUAUAUUGGUCAUACUAGGAUACAAUAUAGUUCGUGAAGUAUAACAUAUGAAGAGGUCGCUCAAAGUUGGUUCAUGUUCAUGUUCGAGUCUAGGGAAUAUAGAGGAUUUACUUCACUGUGCCCCAUGCCCUCCACCGAUGAUUUCUUACGAGGAGUUACGUGACCAUGCACUUAACCGGAGUUUGAUACUGAAUGACGUUUGUAUAAUAGCUAGAAGAUGUAACAUCAAUGGCACUGAUAUUGUUGUAGACUGCCCACCAGUCACUCCGGACUGUCCAGCAAGCACUACGAUACACACGUAUGUGGCAGGGUACGAGUCGGGGAUAGUGGUACCAGUCGUAUUGCCCGUGGUUGUAAUAGCAAUAAUAAUAAUAACUAUAAUAUGUGUACGAAAAAGAGAAAAGAUAAAGUCACUCAUAAGGAAGAAUUACAUGAACAAGAAGUCAGGUACAGAUAAACGUUCUGAUCCAAAGUCUAUUGAAGAAACAACUUUAAGCUCUGGUGAAGUAAAAGUUGACGAAGUAAAGGUUCCUGCUGAUACUCCUGUACCCACUACUGACCCUGAAGAAACGACUGCAUUAGUGCAUGUUGAGACAGAAAAAACAUUAGAAAGCUAUGUGCUAGCACCGGGAGCUGUGUUAGAAGAAAGAAAAGAAAACAACGGAAAUGAUUUAGAUAAUAAUGAAUCAACAUUGUAUGGAGAAGGAACAAAGCCAAUUCCUUUAGGAAUCCCUGUCCAGGAAAAUAUAAAAUCUUUUCGAAAGGAAAAGUCUGACAAGAGUGUUCAGGAAGAGUUUGAACCUCUUUUACCCAAACAUACAGAAAAAAAUGAUAAGGAACAUUUAGAAUCUGUAUCACAAGGCAAUUCAGAAACAUGUAAUCAGGAAAAUUUAAGAAACGGUGUUCAAAGUCAUCCAGAAACUAGUGUUAAAGAAUCUGAUAACGACAGUAAUAAUGACGCCGAUAGCGAUUCUUUUCAUUCAGCAGAAAGUGAAACGUACAUGGAUAGUUAAAUCAUUAAAUCAAUAGCAUAUACAGCAGAAGUAUAUCAUUAGCGUUCUGUCUCCGCUAGAUCAGCUGAAUAUACAUGUAUAUAACUAUUUGCAUAACAAAUUAUAUAAUACAAACCAGCGAUAAUUUUGACCUACUUGUUGCGAUCUAGAAACAGUUCUACCCUAUUUCAUAUACUAUCAUAUUAGACUCGAAUAUAUAUAUAGUAUUCAGUAUUUAAAGUUUAUUAUACGCCAACAUUACGGGUUAACAUACAGAAUCAUUUGCAACAUCACUUUGUUACAUACAUAAUCAUACACAUUUUAGUGAAUAUUUAUUUUCAUCAUUCAUAAUGGUACAUGCAUUUGCUGGCUAAAACUUUAGGCAUAGUAUUAUGUUCAUUUUUAAAUUCCUUUGUUUUAAUACAUAUUUUCAUACAUAUUUAUACAUUUCUAGGAACAAUUAAACUUUUUUCUUCCGCGAAACGGUACGUAUUAUUUGAUCACUUUGGGUGAUGUGCGGCGGGUUUCGGUGUCCACAAAGGUUAUCCGCUAUCUAAUGUUCACCAAACUUGGUAACAAUGUUUAUUUGCAUCAUAUUUCAGGCAUAAUCGAUAAUAAUCUGGAUUGUUCCAGUGGAUCUUGAGUUAUGCCGUAUGAGCAACUAAAUAUUGCAACUACAGUCUACUUAUAGUAUUCCUUGUUCAACCUUCAUUAUACUUUUUCACAAUGUUUAUGGGCGUGAGAUCUCGUACUAUUAUUAAAAGUUUUGAGUUAUAGCUCUUGAAUUUCUUAAAAUUGUGAAACCUGACAAUGUUCGCCUAGUUACCUAAGCAGUUCGUUUUCAGUAUUCUCCAAACGAAGUGUCACCAUGUUUAUGAGUCAUAUCCAAUGUUCACCAACCUUAGCCAUGAUGUUUAUGUGUAUAAUUUCUUCGAACAGGUUUAAUAACCUGCAGGAUAGUCUUUUUUCACUCUGAAGUUCUGGCCCUUAAAGUAAUAUCUAUAAAAUCCUGUCUGAAAUAUCAAAAUCAAAAUUCAGGUGCAAUAACAGAUUCAUUCUUCAACGGAAUAAAGCAUGUUGAUACAGAGAAAUACCCUAGAUUCUUUUAUAGUUUAAAAAGACAUAUCUAAAAUAUUCAAUUACUAAAGAUCUAAUCCCAGCAAUAGAGGAUGAAUGUAACGCGAUACCAGAUUUUUUUCAAUUCCAAUACUUCUUCAUACCAAAACUAAUUGCUUUGUCUUUAUGACAUGCGAAAUAAAAACUGCGUUUUACAUAGUCAACAUUUAUACAGGUUGGCGAUGUCUUUUUUUACAAAUUCUAGAUAAGAAUGAACUGCAUUUUGCGUCAUCUGAUUUUGUGAACUAUUCAUGUACCUUUAUACAAUGUAGCAACAUCUAAAUUGGCUAAUAUCGUCUGUCUGAAAUGUUUAAGGGUAUGUAGGUUCAAAAAAGGUAUAAGUCAAUGUCUAUGAAGUCUGUAAAAAGAACAGUAAUAGGAAAUAAGAAACAUAUAUCUUUGACUGUUUGUUUAACUGAAAACCAAAGCGGCGAAAGACAAUGCUAAGUCAGUCCAGUCUGAUUAGUGGUAACUUGUUACUGUUCGGGAGAUUUAGAAGAAAAAAGACAAACAUACUACAAAGCGUAGGAUCUAUUGUUUGUACUGGGUGAUUUUUUUUUUCAAAUGUAACGUUAUCGAAUGAUUCGUCAGAGAGCUGAUAUUUUUUCUCAUUUAACUAAGCCGUUCAAAGGGCCUCCAAGUACGUUUGCAAUUUAUUUUAUGUAUGGCUACUGUUAUUACUGUACUGAAGAAUCUAUUUCAACGCUGUUUGUUGUUAUAUUCCAAUCCCAAAACUGCCACAAUGUUUGGGUUUUUUUUGCUUUGUUUUUAUUUCAAUUUAUUUAAAUAAUGAGAAGUACAAAUAUUACUGAGUCAUGUGUUCAUUGAUAACAACUGAUAUGAAUAAAUGGAACAUAAAUUAUAAAUUGAGCAAAUGAAGUUAUGUCUUAUUUAUUGACUUGAACAUUUUGUGUUGUUUUAUGCCAUCCUUUCUUUAUUCAGUGCAGCUUGUAUGCCUUUAUCGGUUGCUUAACAAAUGGUGUGAUCUUUUUCUGAAGAGUUUCAUGGCAG